GAUAUUGUCUUUAUUGAUUACAAAAUUAGGCCGAUAAAAAAUCACGCGAAUUAAUAAAAAAAAAGUAAUAUUUUUCACUCCAUCAUGUUUUUUUAAAUUGAACGUUUUUUGAUUUAAAAAAUAGAACUAUAUCGUAAUACCGUUCUUGCAUUCGAAUGAUUUAAAAAGUAACAAUUUUCCUUUAAACUUGGUCAAACGCAAAAAAUAUCAUCGCGAAAAACCAGUAACCACCGAGCAUUCCAAAAUUCAAAUCAACUAUUGGCAAACCUGCGGCUCCCUUAUUCCGAUGUAUUUCGGAACGCCCUCUCCGUAACGGCUCUGCAACGGACAACGGUCCAUUCCAUUCUUUAACAGUUUAACCGAUCGGCAGAGGCCAGCGAAGCCGCGCACGGAUGAGUUUGCGAUCACUCUCGAGCCCGACCAACACACGCGUCAAGCAUAGCGCACACACUACAGUCGUCCAGAGAGCGAAGUCGAGACUCGAGCAUCUGAGCAUCUCCUCGAGCGAGAAAGAGAGAGAGAGAGACAAUAUACACACCACCGAACUAUACUCGCUCGCAGGCUGUUCUUCCGAGGAGGACAUGGCCGAGCAUCGUUUCGCCGAGAACCUUCGCGUCAAGUGAGAGAAAAUCGAGCUGCGAGUGAGUGCGUUUUUUCCCCUCGCACGAGAAAACUAGCUGCAUCAUAGCCGUUCGUCACACACGGGGCGACGGAGACGUGCGAUAAGUACCGGAAGACGAAGAGACGACGAGAGAGUUUUUAUUGGAUAGGAAAAGUACCGCCAGAGCAGCGCGACGGAACAGCAGCAGCACAGCAGCACAACGAGGAGUCGCCGAGGAGCCGUCGACGCCCGGCCGUCGAAAUCGGCGAAGACGAGGCGACCGACUCCGACGAACCCCAUGAGCUCCAUUCACUUCGUCGUCCAUCCCUUACCGGGGACGGACGACCAGCUCAACGACAGAUUGAAGGAGGUUGCAGAAAAAAUCAACAGAUAUGGAUUUGUCACACCACCAGCCCUCAAUGGGCUCAAAUCAACAGUUAAACGGAUUGUUGUUGGACCAACACACAUUGGCUUGCUUAUGGAUGAUAACAGAAUUUGCCGUGUGGCGUACACAGUUCUAUAUGACAGAUUGGAUUUGCGAAAAAGCGAACCAAGCAGAAACACAACUAAAAGUCACGUGGGCAACUCGUCCUCGGCACCGAGUGGCAGCAGCAACACCGGUGGCGGCAGUAGCGGAGCCGGUGGUAGCGGCACCGGAGGAAGCGGAGGAGGCGGCAGCGGUAGCCGCGCCGGCAUCUCGCGCUCUCGCGCCCGUAUAAUGCGCAACAGUUCAGCUAUUCGUGGUGGCGGUAGCGGUGGAAGUGGUGCCGGAGGUGGUAGUGGUAGUGCAGCCGGAAAUGGACGUAUCGGACCACCCGGUGUCAUCAUGGGUGGAAGCAGCAGCAGCAGCUCCAGACCGAUAGUCUCGGUACCCGCGCCGUUUGUACCCGAGGAUCUUAUUUCACAGGCUCAAGUGGUGUUACAAGGCAAAAGCCGUAAUUUGAUUAUGCGCGAACUCCAGCGUACGAAUUUGGAUGUAAAUUUAGCAGUAAAUAAUUUGCUAUCAAGAGAUGACGAGGAAGGAGAUGAUGCGGAAGACGCGGCUGACAGUUACGUACCGGAGGACCUUAUAUCAUUGUUAGAUGGAGGAUUUAGUAAUGAGCAUUCAGUUAUCAUUGAUGCCGACUCUAUGUUUCCGGAGGAUGUAUUCGGUUAUCCAGGAAUGAGAAACCGUGUCAGUUCAUCACGAAGACUUGGAAAUGACCGCGACAGUGAGCGAUCAACAGAACGUGACAGAGAUCGGGACAGUUUCAGUCGUUGGAGGGAUCGUCAGUACUACGGACCACGUCGUUGGCUGGAAACUGCUUUAAAAGAUUCUUGGGACAAGGAUCCAGAUAUCAAAAAGAAAGAGCUGGCGUCUCAGAGUCCACUGUGGAUAUCAGAAGAGCUCGAGUGGUGGAACGAGCGCAGCGAACCGGCGCCUCGGUUCGUUCAGAUAGCUGCCCUUUACAGCGAGCUGAUCGCUAUCUCGUCUACGGGUCAACUGUAUCAGUGGCGAUGGUCCGAUGCUGAGCCAUUCAAGCAUCCAGAUAAUCCGAACAUUCACCAUCCUAAAACUAUAGCCUUAAAUUUGGCCGGUGAGAAAAUUGUAAACGUAUCUGCGACAGCAAUCCGCUGCUCCGUAAGCACCGAGAGCGGCAAAGUGGCAACCUGGCUGGACGAACUGUUGGGACACGUUGCCUCCAGAUUGGAGCAUCCGGCUCAGGCGUUCACUGAAUUUACAUUAGAUAAAAUUGUCUCGCUCCACACCUGUGCGCUUUACACCGUCGCCCGAUUGGAGAGCGGAGCACUCUAUUGGUGGGGUGUGCUGCCAUUCGCCCAGCGCAUGAAAUUAUGGGAGAAGUACAAAGCCAAGUCCAGGAAACACAGACCAUCUACAGUUGCGUCCGCUGACAUAACUUACGGCAGCCACGUGUGCAUGAAAAAUAGUCCAAUUUAUCAGGCGGGAGCUAUCGGCUUUACAAUAGCAAAUGGCGUGCCAAAAGUGGGACAACUUCUGUCGGCAGUUUGGAACCUAGACGCCAUUUGUCGUUUCAAAAUUUUACCGGCCGGCAUACUACCGCCCAAUGUCGCUACCGAUAAGCGUGAAACAAAUGGAAAUGGAUCGUCAAACAGUAGCAGCAAAACGAGCCAUAAAGAAACGGCUGAUAGGAUUGAUAUGCCGCCUCCACCGUCGCCUGCGUCUAGCACUUGCAGCGACACUGGCAGUAUCACGACUAGCCACAAACGGCAAAAACGCAUGGCGCCAAAAAGUGAAGGAGAUGCCGACCGAAAAGACGAAGAAGACUGGCAUUUAAAAGAUGUAGUUUUCGUAGAAGACGUUAAAACCCUUCCGAUAGGAAAAGUAAUCAAAGUUGACGGCUGCUAUGUGGCAGUUAAAUUUUUCUCUAAAGAUUUAAAAGAAAAGGAAAAGGAAGCUAAGGACAAAGAUUUCAACAAUUCCGAUUUUAAGGAUGCGACGGCCGAAGAGCCAACUAAGCUUUUAGCUGACUGUAGACUUCUCAGGAAGGAUGAACUCGUAGUAAUGAAAUCAUCGAUGAGCUCUCGAGCUCCAGACUGUUUCCAACGCACUCCAAGACGCGUCAAUAUUGCUGAAGGCUCUAAUGAAAAUCUCUUGACAAUAGCCACUGAUGGUCAGGGUAUACACGCAAUAUUGCGCAGUGGAAGUAAAUUAAGCUACGUGAUAUAUAAUCUCAGUACCGGAAGAUAUGUUCAAGAUUGCUACAUUCCAUCAGACAUUUCAUCGUUUUUGGGCCUACAACCGCAAAAUAUCAGUCUCACCAGUGCCGGGGAGAAUACAGAGUGUUCAAUGAUUUUACGUGAUGGCAAUAAUACUAUUUAUCCCAUCGCAAAAGACUGCGCGGAUGCAAUUCGCGAUCCCAAUUGGCUGGAUCUCGCACCGGUGCUUUGCGUUGGUGCCUCGACCAUUCCCAUUCCAAGUAUUCCUUCUAUGAAUCUUAAAAAUCAAGUAGCUGUUAUCGCCCUUGUGUUUGACAAUCUUUUGCUUAUGCCUCGAAUCUUAAGAUGUGACUAUGACGGCGUUAAGCAAGUAUUCGCCAAUUUGGAGCAAGACUUGAAAGCAAAUGUAGCUCAAAUGCAAUCAAUUCUCAACGAACGUUGUGACGGCAAUCGUAAUAUUCUUCACGCCUGUAUUAACAUGUGUGCUCCUACUUCCAACAAAGAAGUUGAGCAAGGCAUUGAGCAUGAAUUGGUGACUAAUACCGUAGAUACGAAUUCCGCUCCGAUCGAAGAGCCAAUCCCAACAUUGAGCUGGCCACCUGAAGCAUUUGACAACACUUCAGGCGAAGAAGAUUCUUUACUUGGCAUCGGAGCCACCAGUAUUUCAAUGAUGAACAAAAGCGCAUCUGCCGUAAAUAAUACUUACAUAAUAGAUUCCGUUGAGAGACGAAACAAUGCUUUGCUUAUACUGAAAUUUAUGUGCGAGAGUCCUGUAUUAGGUCCACAUCUCAAGGAACUGCUUUCUGCGAGAGACGCACAGGGUCAGACCCCUCUCAUGCUGGCCGUUUCAGUGCGUGCCUACCACGCGGCUCUUAUAGUUCUAGAUACAAUUCAGCGUGUAGGUAAAGAUUUCAAGGACUGCUCAUCGAUGAUUCUUCCUGCUGACGCAAGUCCCGACCUAUCCCCUCUUUUCGUCACUUGCUGCAAUGACACUUGUAGCUUCACAUGGACCGGCGAUGAACACAUCAAUCAGGAUAUCUUCGAAUGCCGCACUUGCGGCCUUACCGGCACACUCUGCUGCUGUACAGAGUGCGCCAGGGUCUGCCAUCGCGGACAUGAUUGUAAACUCAAGCACACCUCGCCCACUGCCUACUGUGACUGCUGGGAGAAGUGCAAGUGCAAAGCUCUCAUUGCUGGAAGACAGAGCGCUAGAUAUGACCUGCUUUGCAGGCUUGUGACAAGUACCGAUCUUGCUACCAAAAUCAAUUCAAGAGGUGAAUCAAUUUUGCUGUUUCUUGUUCAAACCGUCGGACGUCAAUCUGUCGAGCAACGUCAGUUCCGCUCAGCACCGCGUCAGCGCUCGACUUCAGCCAACCGAAAGAAUCCAGCCUCUGAUAGACUGGGCGCUGACUCAGACAUGCCGGAUCACGAUCUAGAACCACCGCGCUUCAGUCGUCGUGCUCUCGAGCGUUUGCUCAAUGACUGGUCGGCGGUACAGUGCACUAUCAUGUCGGGUGUGCACGAAUCCACUAGUGAACAGCUUUUCGGUGACCAGGGUCAGUCUUGCAAACAAAGUGGGACAGCGUUGUUGGAUAAAUUCACGCACUCGUUGUUGGUGAAGUGCAGUGCUGAGAUGCUGGACUGCUUGUUGACUACGCUCAUACGCGAGCUUCAGAAUGAUAGUAUUCCUGGGCGACAGGAGGAGGCAAUCGUCGUGGCGAGAAGGUUCGUCAGAUCUGUUGCCAGGAUUUUCGUCAUAUUUACCAUCGAGAUGGCUCCUAACACUACUAAGCGAAGAAGUGCAAGCCAGGCAUCUCAGCCACUGAUGAAGUGUCGCCGAAUAUUCCAAGCUCUGAUCAAACUAGCAGUAGAAGAACUUUGCGAAACUGCCGAUUCCUUGAUUGCGCCAGUUCGUCUAGGUGUUGCCAGACCAACUGCGCCGUUUACCCUAACAAGUUCUGCCAUCGAAGUAAUUAAUGGUUCAGAAGAACUAUUUUCAAUCGAGCCGUUGAUACCGCAUAGUGGUCUUGCCUCACAAAGUCUUGAUACUACGCUAACAGCACAAACGGGUAGCAACGGUAUAGCUAUCGCCAGAGAUGUUUCGGCUAUGGAUGACACUGAACCCGGCGAAGAAGUACCAAUGGAUCUAGACGGUGAUAUAAGUGAGCAAGAGGAAUCUUCCGCUGCCGUAAGCACUCAACCUCUCGGCGAGGUUGAUGGAAACGCAGGUGGCGUUGGCGAAGAACCCGCUGGUGAUGGCGAAUCCGAUACUGAGCUCGACUUACUGGUAGAAGCUGAAACAGAGUCUGAUUCUGAUGACAACCACAGCAACCAAGAUGCCGCAUCGGCCCAACGCAGUGUACAAACCGGAGCUACUGCCGGCUCAGACGGUGGAAUGAACUCGAUAUUGCUCUAUCCAGAGGACGAGUCUGGAGAGUCCAGUCAACAAGAGGACGAUGAGAGCGAAGCAGGAGAGACCGAUGAGCAAGAUACUGAAGAGUUUCAGAUUGGUGAUGAACAGCUGGAGAGACGCAGAAAUGUAUUCCGUUCUAGUGGAUCAACUGGCCAUUCUCACCGUAACAACCUGGCGCCCGUCUCGAUGCAAUGGGCCAUUCGCAAUCGUGAGUCGAGCACCCGAACUGCUGGACUACGUGUCGCGGGUGGAAACAACCUCGUCUUCAUCGAUCCGUCAUCUCUGAGACGUUCAACAGCCACUUCGGCGGUCGCUGCAGUUCAAGAACCUAUUACCAUGGGCACCACUGCCAGCUGUUUAGCUCGAGCUUUUGGAAUUGUUAUUAGACAGAUCGCCGAUCUACUGACCAUGAUGCAAGACUACAAAGUGGUUGCACCCGCCCUGCCCAGAACUCUAGAAGUUACUUUCUUCGAUGCUAUCAGUCUUCAGAUGUACUUGGAAGAACACCUUAAGCCAACCUGGGACUGGUUACUAACAGUAAUGGAUGCCACUGAAGCCCAGUUGCGUUUCGGUGUCUCAUUAACUCGUAGCGCCGAUCCUACCCAUCCAGAGCACCCGUUGAAUAGCGCUCCAUCCCUCUCGGGUGGCAAUUUUACUGGUCUUCUAAACUCUGCUGCUUUGUCUCUGUCACUUCAGAAUAACGGCACUGGUCGCAGUGCCCGUAGCGGCAUCACUACUACUUCUAAUAUUUCGACAACUCAAGGAUCGACGAGAUUGACCGUUGGAUUUACUGGAGUUGGCGAAACUUCUCGCAGCAGUAGAGAACGUGGAGAUGCACACUCGGCAAGACGCGAAUUUUUAUCAUACUGCCUGUCCCUUAUGCGAGCUCACAAUGGAGAACAUAGAGACAGUUUACCUGUAUUAGAUGUGUCGGCCUUACGCCAUGUUGCUUACGUUUUUGAUGCACUGGUAUACUACAUGAGAUCGUUGUCCGAACCAAUUUCAUCAAGAGGAGAAUCGCAGAAAGAAACUACCGAUACCACUUGGAACGAUCAGGAUGAAAAUGAUAACGAGGAAGGAGACGAUGAAACUCUGCACGCUAACGCUUCAAUGGAGACAGAUUCUGAUUAUCCAGAUCUUUUGAACAUCCCAUGUGCUUCAGCCAGUGGCAGCGGUUUAUUAUCCGGUGGUCCUCAGAGCAACAGCGGCAGUGCUGCCAAGGGCCGCAAACACCCAUUCCUCCAACGCUCAGACUCGACGCUUUGCCUUGGCUGCCCUCCGCUUGACCCCUUCGACACAGUCAUGUCCGAAGCUUUGCCUCUAGCUGAUCAACCACAUCUGUUGCAACCUCAUUCGCGUCGCGAGGAUCUCUUUGGGGUCCCUCGACAGUCACCUGGCACUACAGCAAGUGGAUCUGGGGCUAAUGUACUUGAAGGUCUUCCCACGAGACUAGGACUUUCGACGAGAACCGCUGAGGGUAGUCUUAACUCGUCAACGCUAAUCUUGGGACAAAUCGAGCAGAUUGUUAGGAAUAGUUGCUCCACAAGUGCAGCUGUGGAUAGAAGGAAUGCUAAUGCUGGACGAAGUGAUGCUGGUGAACCAGGACCAAGUAAAAAAACGUAUAAUCAGACAAACGAACAGAGCCAGUCAACUGUUGCAGUGGUCGAACAGCAGACCGACAGAGCACCUAUCAUAGUUUCGCCUAACAACCAACCCAUGGAGAUGGAGAGCAAUAGUAACAGCAGCAGUAGUCCUCCAAAAUCUGGUAGUAGUAAAGAUGUUCAGUGCAAAGCCGAGCGCAGUGUCAUAGUUCGUGCCGGCAGCAGCAGUAGUGGGAGCUGUUCUUCAGAAAACAGUAUAAAUAAACAAUCGAACGUCGUCGUCCCGGAAGUCAUAGUAAGCGGAGUGCAGACCGAUUCUCAGACGGUCGGUGCGAAUGAAGAAGUUGUCGACCUUGCCACUACACCUACCGCAUCUCAAGAAAUAUCGGCCCACGAAACAGUCGAGGGUAGUAACAGCAACAGCAGUAGUCAAUCCGCACCGUCAGCUCCAGAUCCUCCACAGCAGCAACAUCAAGCCCCGUCAACGCCUGCUCGCGCCCAGGUUUCGAACAUUGGCACUAAGAUCUCGCACAACAUUCUUCUGGGCAGGUGGAGACUGUCCCUUGACUUAUUUGGGCGGGUUUUUAUGGAAGACGUAGGUUUGGAGGCUGGAAGCAUUGUUUCUGAACUCGGUGGGUUUCCCGUCAAGGAGGCAAAAUUCCGCAGAGACAUGGAGAAGCUCAGGAGUUCGCAACAGAAAGAUAUUACGUUGUCAAAAGUGGAACGCGACAGGACGCAACUUCUUGUUCAGACGAUGAAAGAAUUGAAUACACAGUAUAAUCUGUAUAAUAGAAGAGCAUCUAAUACGCCACCUUUAGCUGUAAAUCGUGUUAAGGUCACAUUUAAAGACGAACCUGGAGAGGGUUCGGGUGUCGCGCGAGGUUUUUAUACGGCGAUAGCAGAGGCGCUGUUGGCUAAUGAAAAACUACCGCCACUAGAGGCAGCACAAGUAGGCUCAAAAUACACACAGUACAACGUUUUACAAAAACUCAAAAUCAGAGAACGCGACCGAGAUCUUCGUAGACAAAAUCCCCGUUCGUCUGGUAAAUGCCGCGAAUCCCGACGAGCUCUAUCGUUCGAGGCUCGCUCGUUCCACCCAUCGACGUCACUCGAGGGCAGCUCCUCCAAUUCUGGUAACUCCUCGUCCACGGCUCACCCACCACUUUUUGUUCACGCCAACAACGACCAUUUGACGAUGCAUCAGCAACAGCUAGGCGAUCGGUUGUACCCGAAAGUCUACGCGCUGCGACCAACUCACGCCGAGAAAAUCACGGGUAUGCUGUUGGAAAUGAAUCCAGCGCAACUGCUUAUGUUGCUGGCGUCGGAGGAGUCUCUCAGACAAAAAGUCGAGGAGGCAUUCGAGCUCAUACAAAGUCACAAUCAGGAUUUGGCCAGUGAGGCACUUCUUGAUCUCGAUGUUUUCAGUUUGACCGAACGCUGUGGUGCUACUAAGAAAAAACAAUUAGAGAGUUCGAUUAUCGAUGAUACGGAGGAUAACGCACCGCUGUUUUAUGCACCCGGAAAGCGAGGAUUUUACACGCCUAGGCAGGGAAGAGGAAGCUACGAAAGACUAAACGCUUUUAGGAAUGUCGGACGAUUGAUAGGCUUGUGUUUGCUUCAGAACGAGCUUUGUCCAAUAUUUUUAAAUCGACAUGUACUCAAAUAUAUAUUGGCUAGGCCUAUAAGGUUCCACGAUCUUGCAUUUUUCGAUGCCGUCAUUUACGAAAGUCUUCGGCAACUAGUGGUAGACGCUGAGACCAAGGACAGCAGCAAUUUGUUCCAGUUAGAUCUUACGUUUAGCAUUGACUUGUGUCCCGAGGAAGGUGGCGGUUCGAUCGAACUUGUACCGAACGGUCGCGAUAUAGAGGUAACGGCCGGUAAUGUCUACGACUAUGUGCGCAAAUACGCUGAAGUGCGCAUGAUCAAGGUGCAAGAAAAGGCACUCGAAGCAAUGCGAGAAGGAGUCUUUGACGUGUUGCCUGAAGGUGCACUCGAUGGCCUUACAUCCGAAGAUCUGCGACUCCUUCUCAAUGGCGUGGGUGAUAUUAAUGUUUCGGUGCUUAUCUCAUAUACGUCAUUUAACGACGAGUCCGGCGAACCUACGGACAGGCUCGUCAAGUUCAAGCGUUGGUUAUGGUCUAUCGUCGAAAAAAUGUCACACGUUGAAAGACAAGAUUUGGUGUACUUCUGGACGGGUUCACCGGCGUUACCAGCCAGCGAGGAUGGCUUCCAGCCAAUGCCCAGCGUCACGAUCCGACCAGCCGACGAUGCUCAUCUGCCUACGGCUAACACCUGCAUAUCGCGCCUCUACGUUCCCCUGUACAGCUCGCGUCACGUGUUACGUCACAAACUGCUGCUCGCCAUCAAGACGAAAAACUUUGGCUUCGUCUGAAGAGAUGAAGCGAUGAUCCUCGCUCUCUCGGCCCUCAUCCCUUACAAGCCUAUGAAUUACCCUUCACAUGAUCCCAUAUGAACACAAGGGAACUUGCAAAUUUUUGAGUCUCCUUUUAAUCGGUGGAUAUCGUUACAAGAGACAAGUUUUACUCGAUGUUUUUGUUGCCCUGAGAGAUUUUCAGAGUCAAAAGUUGAGAAUUUAACGCGUACUCUCCUAUGCCUGGGGACCAUAAAAUAACGCGAGGAAAUCAAGAAUGGCGAUAAGAAAUUGAACGAAACAUUGAAAAUAAGGAACUAUACAAUAUCUUACGAUCGUAAAUGUGUAAUGAUAAUAUGAAAGAUAUAUAAAUAUUAUAUUUCUUGUAUAAAUAUCAAGUAAGAUAAAAAACGAUUAAAAUCGUUUCUUAUCGCCAUAUCUUCUUAGGCUACGUUGGUCUUCGAGUUGAUAUAAUAUGCAAUUUUUAAAUCUAUCCAUAACUUUCCUCGAUCGUUUAUUAUUUGAAGAAAAUUACAAGUGUUAAGGUUCGUUUUGUAAACGUUUCAUUUCGAUAACUAUUCAUCGAUUAAAUGAUUAAGUUCGAAAUGGCAAACGUUGCAAGUUCCCAAAUAUCCUCUCGUCUUCGGAAUGGAAAACAAAAGAAAAAGAAACGAACGUGGAGGAACGCAUACACACAUGAUAAAAUGAGGUUACACGUUGUUAUCUUACUUUCUUUAGCUUUCUUCCUAGGAAAAGUUUAUAACAUUUAUAAAUUUAUAAAGUGUAAUUAUUGAACAUUAUUGCUCUUCAAAAACCGUAUACGUUGUACGGUAAAUCGCUUCUCGUCUGAAUAUUAAGGUUUUAAGUUUAAAGAAAAGUGUCAUAUUUAGCCUUUAUAUAUAGUGGCCCGGAGUAAUAAAAUUUUCGCAAAAAUCAAAAGGGAUUUAUUCCAAGUGGAUCUAAAGUCUCUGCUUUCAUCUGGUUUUUCAAAAUAUACCUAUAAUCGGUUUAAGGUGGACGCCGUACAUUUUUGUUCUAUCGAUGUUUCUAUUUUUCUUUAAUACUUGGAUAAGAUAUUAUUGUUAUUAUAACGAAUAUGCAGUCUUUAGGAUACAAUACUAAGUAAAUCAUUUCUAUUGUUUCGUUUUUGAGAGAAAUUUGUACUUGUAUGAGCUUUAAUAUUGUAUUAUAAAAAUUGUAGGUCUGAUCUUUAAUCAAAAACAAAAUAAAGAAAAUGAUUUUACUCGCAGACGCCGAAUCAUCAAUUUAUUUUACAUUGUAUUAGUUUAAGUUAUAUUUUCUAAAUUUAUUAUAGAAUAUAUAUAUAUAUAAAUAAAAUAAAAAUUACUGUUAUCCUUCAUUUGACAUUUCAAGUCUCAAACCCUAAUUCUGCAAUCAAUAAUUUUGCGGAUGAUCAUAGGUCCUUGAUUACUUAUAAAUCAUCACUCACAAAAGUUGAAAGACUGCACGUUCGUUGAAAUAAUAGCAACACUCAAAGUGAAUAGAAAAAUUGAAAUGUUGGUAAUAAAGGACCGGACAGCAUUCCGGUAAAUUUAUCACAUUAUGAAAAUAAAGUAAAACUUGGUGAUUUUUUACAAUUAAAAAUUUUUAUUAGGCGUGUAAUAAUGUAACAUAAGAUGUAAACAGGAUGCGAAUUUUUUUCGAAAGCAUUUCGCGUACAUAUCGGGAGCAAAUAAGCGUUUGCUCGCGCAAUGAUUUUUAUUAUUACUUAUGUUACGCACCAUCCUAUAAAAGGAAAAUAGCUCUACACAAGCAAGGUGUAGCUAAAA